ACUGCUCCUUUUAUUUCAAAAUUGGAGCUUGUCGUCAUGGAGAUCGGUGUUCUAGAUUGCACAAUAAACCAACUUUCAGUCAGACCAUCUUGAUUCAAAACAUCUACCGUAACCCCCAAAACAGUGCACAGACAGCCGACGCGUCUCGCUGUAAGUCCCACUUUUCCUUCAGAUAAUGCUAGCUCGUGGGGUAAGCAAGGAAUCCCAUUUCUGUCCCAGAUAAAUUUAGAUAAAAGUUAAUGUAGAGACAUCCUCAGAGCUGAAACACUGGACCCCUACUGGACUACACUAAAUUACACACAUCAAGUAAAAAAGUGACUGGAAACUUGUUCUUUCUAAUAAACAGUAGAAGUGUUCUGGAUUUGUUAUUAUAAUGUGAGAUUGUCCAGGCAAUUUUUUGAUGCCCCUUUUCCAAGGACAUGAUUCCUGAACCGUUUUAUACUUGCUUGUACAUUCUCAAGCAAUUUUGAACCAUUCUAUUAAAGAAAAGUAGUUCUGAUCUGGAACCAGGGCCUCAUUUAGAAAGAUGUGCGCAGAAUGAUCCUAAUUGUGAAUGUACAGCAAUUUCUGAAAUGCAUCAACAAACAAUUUAUACAAUGUCUAUAGCACAAAAAUAAUUCCUUAAAACAUCCUACAUUAUUAAUUACACUUCAUCUUAAAAUUAAUUCAGUUCUUUAUGGUUUAGAAGUAGGAUCAAAUGCGAUCGAACCUGUGUUUUAUAAAUGAGGCCCCAAGAACCAAUUGCAUCAGAAUGGUUUGUAGUUAGGUCAAAUUUCCUGAACAUCAUCAAGUUUGGCUACCUACUUCAUCCAGGCUCGCUGUAAGGAGCAGUUUCUAAUUUCUUGCAAUAAGUAAUCUUAAAAAUUACUGAUAGGAGAAGCAUUCAGAAUUGAUCUGCAUAGGCCAUGUGUUAUCUACUUGCUAUAUAUUCUUCUACUGAGAUACAAGGGAAUUGGAGAGCUUGCAAAAGAAAGUAAAGAAAUGCAGGAAUGCUUGUUUCUUUUUCAGACACUUAACCUGUUACGUCACCAUAUAAUAUAUGGGUAUAAUAGGGUUUGUGUGGAUUCUUGCCUAAAAAAUAUCAUUUUAUUAUUAUUGUUGUUUAAUUUUAAGGUAGGUAUGAGUGCAGACUCCAGUGCUGCACACCUUUAUUUCCAUCCAGUGAAGGACUACUUUGACAAAAGCAGAUAUCAUGCUUUUGGUUUGGAUAUGAUAACAUUUGUUUCAAAUAUUUAAUGAUCUGCAUAAGCGUUAUUAGAGCCCUUGUUUCAAGAAUAUAUGUUAACUAAGCUGUGCAUAUUUACAUGAUUGUUUACAGAAGAUACUUUUCUGCUUCAUCAAAGCCUUAAGACCUUUACGUACUAGUUCUCUUGUCAUCUUGGAUGGAUCUCUGACAUCUCCUGCUGACCCCCACUCUACCCAGUUCACUUGUUUUCAUGAAUUGCCUAGUUUGUAAUGUUGAUAUCUCAUGUGGUCUGUAGACCUGGAUGCUAAACAGUCUUAGUUUCUUUUACAAAGAUGCACAUUUUGUAUUUCAGACCAUUGUCCUCAUGAACAUAUACCGUAACACUCAAAACUCUGCCCAGUCUGCUGAUGGUUUACGCUGUGCUGUUAGUGAUGUGGAAAUGCAGGAACAUUAUGAUGGGUUUUUUGAGGAGGUCUUUACGGAGAUGGAGGAGAAGUAUGGAGAUGUCGAGGAGAUGAAUGUGUGCGAUAACCUUGGUGAUCAUUUGGUUGGAAAUGUUUAUGUGAAGUUUCGGAGGGAAGAGGAUGCUGAGAAGGCUGUAUUGGACUUAAAUAAUCGCUGGUUUAAUGCCCAACCAAUACAUGCAGAGCUCUCACCAGUAACAGACUUCAGAGAAGCCUGCUGUAGGCAGUAUGAAAUGGGGGAGUGCACUAGAGGCGGUUUCUGUAAUUUCAUGCACUUGAAACCCAUUUCUCGAGAGCUGAGGAGAGAGCUUUAUGGACGUCGUAGAAAAAGACAUCGUUCUCGGUCAAGAUCUCAUGAAAGACGCUCUGGUGACCGCAGUCGUGGAGGUCGUGAACGUGAGCGGAGAAGAUCAAGAGAUCGUGAACGGUCUGGAAGAUUUUGAGCCAUGACACCGUUUUGCUUCCUUUUUGUUGCUUAGUGUCAUCAACCAAUGACCAGCAUUUGUGUGAGACAUCAGAUGCCAUCUUUACUUGCUUGAAACCUUUUAGUUUGUCACUUUAUUGACCUUUUUUUAAGUGUACGUUUGAAAGAUUUUUGUUUCUCAAUAAAAAUGCAUUUUUAUUAA